UAGGUGAUUCCAGUCUAGAACACCGCACGAACAUACGUCUAAACUAUGGGUCUUUUAGAAUUGUGCCAAAAGUAUUUCAAUACAACAAAUCUGUACGAAGUGUUGGAAAUAUCGGAAUCCGCAACAGACAAAGAAGUGAAAAAGGCCUACCACAAGUUAUCUUUGAAAGUACACCCGGAUCGAGUCAAAGAAGAUGAGAAAUUGCAAGCUACAGAAAAAUUCAAAGUGCUCGGUAGCAUACACGCAAUUCUCAGUGAUAAAGACAAGAGAGCUAUUUACGACGAAACGAAGAGUGUAGAUGAUGAGGACUUCAACGUAAUUCGAGAUCGCGACUGGACAAUUUACUGGAGAACGUUGUUCAAGAAAAUUACGGAAGAGGACAUCAAGGCUUACGAAAAGGAGUACACCGGAUCUACAGAAGAACGUGAAGAUCUUAAGACAGCCUACAUAACAGGCAAGGGUAAUAUGGACUAUAUUUGUGAUCAUGUGCAGUUUGCCAGGUCAGACCAAGAAGACCGCCUUAGAGAAAUUUUAAAUGAAAUGAUUGAGAAUGGAGAAAUUCCAAAAUACAGAAUCUUUACGCAUGAGCCAGCCAGAAAGCGCCAGAGGCGACGAGCUAAGGAGAAUCACGAGGCCAAGGAAGCUGAAGAAUGGCGAAAAGAAUUGGGCCUCAACAAUGAACCUGGAAGCCUAGAACUCAUGAUUCAGAAACAACAAAAGACAAGACAAGACCAGAUGAACUCCUACUUGGAUGAACUGGCUGCAAAGUACACAACUAAGAAACCAAGAACCACAAAAAGGAAAGCACCUCCAGGUGGGCCAGCAGCUAAAACCAGCAAAAAAUGAAAGUACAAAAAUUUAUUUCAUUUAUUUUUGCAUUAAAAACACUGUUAUGAAUUGUAUAACAAUAAAUUGUCGUAACAAAGAUCUCU